GAGUGAGGGAGUGGGCGCGGGGUGGGUGGAGGGCGGUGCGCGACUUCAAUGCGGCAUACGGGAAUGGGCAGGGACGAGCUCGUCGGUCGGCACGUGGCGGCGACCGACGAACCUCGGUCUUGGAGUGGUUGAAGCAGGGCCGUCGCCGACCGUCCGCAGCCCCAAGCGGACUGUCCGCGAGGCUGGAUGUUACAAGCUUGAUUGGGAGAAAAUGCACAGCCGCACGGGGAAAGGAAGAUGCGAAAAAGCAAAUUUACUAGAAUAGGAAAGUGGUUCAAGGGAGGUGUGCCGCUAAACCAGAUUAUAUUACUUUCAUAAUCGGGGUGGCCAUACGGGCAGGCGUAUGUUAGCUCACUCCAUAAUAUUAAUACCAAUAUUCCCCUCUCUUUUUAGAGAUCAAAAGGUAGGGAAAGAUUCAGUAAUUUAUUAUGUCAAUAUAGUUUCUUUAUCGAAGUUUUAGAAAUAUGGAUCAAUAACCCUCCCAUUAUUCAUUUGUAAGAUUAGUAUUUGUUUGCAAACUGCUAGGAGCCCUCUACUAUAUCUAUCCAUCAACAUACACGCCAUUGUUCCCAAUAAAGAAAACAGUUGAGUUCAGCUUGUCCCUGAAUAAAAAAGGACUUAUUGAAACCAUUUAUAUAUCCUGAAAUUAGCUGUGCAUUGUUCCCUUCACGUGAGAAUAAAAAAAUAGAUAAAUUGCAAAUAUGUCUGAGAGCGAAUUCUCUACAUUGUUUAGCUUAAUUGAACGAUCCUUCACCCAUUCACUGAAAACAUUCAUUCCCACAAAUCUCAUUAAGAUGCAGCUACAAAACCAUAAAACAUGGCAUAUUUACCUAAGCAACGAUGAUAGAACUAUGAUGAAGAAAUCGACAAUAGAGAAUUUGAGAGAAUGAUUACACAAGAAAACUUCAUACCUGAUUCACCGGAUGGACCAUUUAAGGCGCAGUAAUGACUUUGACUGACUUGCCAACUGACUUGGCCAUCACCUCUCGAUCUGCACUCCCGUUUGGAUUGAGGGACUAAAUUAGUCCCCAUCACAUUGGAUGUUUGGAUACCAAUUAUAAGUAUUAAAUAUAGGCUAAUUACAACAUCAAUUGCAUAACUGGAGGCUAAUUCAUGAGAUGAAUGCAUUAAGCCCAAUUAGUCUAUGAUUUGACAAUGUUGUGCUACACUGAACAUAACGGCGGAUUAAUUUUCCUUAAUAGAUUCAUCUCGUGAAUUAGUCUCCAUUUAUACAAUUAUUUAGUUUUAUAGUUAGCUCAUAUUUAGACCCUCAAACAUCAAAUUAUAGCCGGACUAAAAAAUUAGUCCCUGGAUCAGACCCCCUAACACGAGUUGACAAAGGUCAAACAACGCUUACAUAGGUCGCGCUUUGUCCAAAAAUAUGUCAUGUAGUUUUGACAAGAAAGGGUGCAUCAUUUCUAUUUAUAUGCCGCUAUUUAUUUCAUACCGCUUUCCCUUUUGCCCCAUUUAAAGACCGGCCUCCACAUAAUUUGAUGCGAAACAAAUGAUGUGUGGCUACUCUAUUUUUUUAGCUGCUGAUAAAUAAUUUAAUUUUUCACUAUAUGUACUUGUACCCAUUUAGGGGGAGUUUUCAAUUACCAUCUUAUCUGACUUCAGUUUUGUUGCCGUUUUGUAGUUGUGAUUAGUAUGUAAUUAAAGUAUACCAAAUAGCUCAAGGUUAUAAUUAAUGUAUGCCAAGUAAUACUGUGCUUGCAACAGUUUAUAAGUUAGCGCUCACCCUUCCCUUUCUUUGUACUAUACUCCUCAGUUGCACAUCGUUUCCCAUGGCUUCUCUGCUCUUCUGCAUUGUCUUGUGCAGCUACUAUUCCAUUGCUCAUGGAGGUGGUGGUGACCAGAGCUUUGUGACUGUGCCAACCAGCUCUUUUGAGCCAGAGCCAGUUUGCUCCGGGGACAGAGUGAUGUCGGAGCAGAACCACUCCGCCGUGUCCCUUCCACUGGUGCAUCGCCACGGCCCGUGCGCGCCGUCGAUCUCUCCGGACAAGCCGCCGUCCGCCGACACGCUCCGCAGCAGCCGCGCCCGCAUGAACCACCUGACGACCGGAGUGCCGCCGAGGAGCAUGGGCUGGCUUGGUGAUGAGAAAGCGAGCAUCCCCACCCACCUCGGCAGCUCCGUGAGGUCACUUGAGUACGUCGUCACCGUGAGCUUCGGCACGCCGGCGGUGCCGCGGGUCGUCGUCAUCGACACCGGCAGCGACCUGUCGUGGCUGCAGUGCAAGCCGUGCAGCCCCGGCGAGUGCUCCCAGCAGAAGGACCCCUUGUUCGACCCGAGCCACUCCUCCACGUACGGCUCCGUCGACUGCGGCUCCGCGGCGUGCAAGAAACUCGCCGCCGACGCGUACGCCGCCGGCAGCUGCGCGAACGGGAAGCAGUGCGGGUUCCUGAUCUCGUACGCGGAUGGAACGAGCACGGCGGGGGUGUACAGCAAGGACAAGCUCACGCUGGCGCCGGGGGUCGUCGUCAACAACUUCUACUUCGGGUGCGGCCACGACAAGCGCGCGGUGCAGGGCUUGUACGACGGCCUCCUUGGCCUCGGCCGCCUGUCGGAGUCCCUCGCCGCGCAGUACGGCGGCGCCGUCUCAUACUGCCUCCCUGCUGUGAGCAGCAAGCCCGGGUUCUUCGCACUCGGCGCGGGAAAGAGCCCGUCGGGCUUCCAGUUCACGCCGAUGGGCAGGGUCCCGGGGCAGCCGACGUUCGCCACGGUGACGCUCGCCGGGAUCACCGUCGGGGGGAAGAAGCUCAACCUCCGGCCAUCGGCGUUCCAGGGGGGAAUGAUCGUGGACUCCGGUUCCGUCAUCACAGGUCUCCAGUCCACGGCGUACCAGGCGCUGCGGGCGGCGUUCAGGAGCGCCAUGGCGGCGUACCCGAUGGUUCCAAACGACCACCUUGACACUUGCUACAACUUGGCCGGUCACAAGAACGUCGUCGUGCCGAAGAUCGCCCUGACGUUCAGUGGAGGAGCCACGAUCAACCUCGACGUCCCCAAUGGGGUACUUGUGAAUGGCUGCCUCGCUUUCGCCGAUUCCGGCCUCGACGGUACCUCCGGAGUCCUGGGCAACGUGAAUCAGCGCACAUUUGAGGUGCUGUUCGACACCGGCAGUAGUAAAGUCGGCUUCCGGGCUAAUGCCUGCUAAAGUGGUGCACCCAAAGAAGAAUAAGAUAGUAGUUGAGGAGGGGUAAACAUUUUUGAGAAGUAAUCUUUUUAUGAGAGUCAUGACUGUCAAUAUAAAUAAUCCCCUAUUA